AUGCAGGCACAAGACAGAUCUGGGAGUGGCACAAUCAAGAUCCAGAUCAGGACAGAAUCGACGACGGCACACAGAUACAACGAGCAGCACCUCCGUACGGUGACGACAGCAAUGUCGGCCUACAGCGAGGACGGCAAUGCUCCCACCUCCGCCCUCCCCACCUUCCUUGACAGCGACCCAUACCCUUCCUCCGGCCGUGAUGGCGCAGCGAGACCUGCCUCAUCCGCCUCGGCGGCGACGGAUGCGACGUCCGAGUAUGGAACGAACGACGAUUUCAAGAGCGCAAAGGAGAGACAGAGCAACAUGACCACCCUGACGGGUCCCUCUGGGCCGGUGGGCGAGCCAGGACUUCCGCCGAGUCGGCCAACAACAGCAAGCACCACCGCGCAGUCGGUCUCCCAGAGAGGCAAACGUUCGAGCUUGCAGGCGCCGACCUCUAGGAGAGGCUUCGCCAUGUUCGCAGCGGGCAGAGGCGGUGGCGGGAGUGAUGCUGGAUCGAGGCCGACUUCUGCCUCGACAGGGAGAACUCAUGUACCCGGUGUUGCAGCGCAAGGAUUCUUCCGGCCCAUGAGCAGCUCGAAGCUGCAGGCGCAACGCAAUCAACGACCUGCGAGCGCAUUGGGACAGAACGUGGAGACUGCGGAAGACGAGCGACAGGCGAGAAGGAGGAGGUACAGCAAUGCCAGUCUCAACACGUUGCGAGAUGCGCCACCACCGAAGGAGGAUGAGGCGGAUAUCCCCCCUCUGCCUGUGAGCAGAGGCACUGAUGGACAACCGGAGGACAACACCGCUGCGAGCGUGACAAGCGCAACACCACUACACAACAACAGACAUCCAAACCCACCCAGGCUGGAAGUCAGCGGGCUUCGAGCAAGCACUACCCCAAACGGCGAGAAAGCGCCCAAGUCGCCAUCCCGCUCUUUUAGAGCAUCUCUCGGCAUUGGAUCGAGAGCGAGCAAGCACUCACAGCAGGACCGAAGGGUUUCACCCACGCCUCAGCAUGAGAAGCUGGAAUCUCAUCCAUCAUCUCCGCGACAGCUUUCCGAUGAAAAAGCGUUUCCUUCAUCACACCAACCACAACAGUCAGCAAAAGGCAAUGGCAAGAACUACGAAUAUGCCGCCAGCAACACCCUCUUCUUCCUUGCUGGAAGAUGUCUGAACACCCGAGCGAAGCCUCUCAACGUGGCCACUUUCCUCCUCACAGUACUGCCCGCGGUACUCUUCUUCGCCUUUUCGGCACCAUGGCUUUGGCUUCACGUCAGUCCAGCGAUACCCAUAAUCUUCGCCUACAUCUUCUACAUCACACUAUCUUCAUUCCUCCAUGCCGCUCUGAGCGACCCAGGCAUUCUGCCACGAAACAUGCAUCCUCAUCCACCAAAUCCGGAUGAAGAGCGCGAUCCACUGACCGUCGGUCCUCCUACCACUGAAUGGGUCAUGGUCAAGACUUUUCCUUCUACCACAUCAAACCGCGUCCCUCUGCCCGUUCGAGAUGCUACAUCAGCAGCAGAGAACGGGAUACCAGCUGCUCCAUCAACCGCCAUGGAAGUACCAACCAAAUACUGCAAAUCAUGCGCCAUCUGGCGACCGCCCCGUGCUCACCAUUGCCGUGUCUGCGAUGCCUGCAUCGAGACGCAGGACCACCACUGCGUCUGGCUCAACAACUGUGUCGGCCGGCGCAACUACCGCUUUUUCUUCUCCUACGUCGCAUUCGCCACCCUGCUAGCCUUCCUCCUACUAGCCUUUUCUCUUACCCACGUUGGUCUCUACGCCCAGCAACACGACAUCUCGUUCCGCGCCUCGCUCGCCGGGCGCACUCAGGAGCGGAUGGCGUUCGCAAUGUUCAUCUACUGCGUGCUCGCGCUGCCUUAUCCGGGUAGCUUGUUCGCGUAUCAUUUGUUCUUGAUUGCGAGGGGCGAGACGACGAGGGAAUAUCUCAACACCCACAAAUUCCCAAAAAAGGACCGGCAUCGGCCGUUCUCUCAAGCAACGCUGGUACAGAACUGGGUCAGCGUCCUCGUCAGGCCGCGACCGCCGAGCUACAUGCAGUUUAAGAAGCGGUAUGAGGCGGGCGAUCAGAGGUUGGGACAUACGGCGCCGAAGAAAGAGAGGAGGAAAGAUUUGAGAAACCGAUACAGUGUCCAAGGGACGAACGGCACAACUGCCAAAGGCGCGAAUGGAAGCAUUGCGCCCGAAGGCCACGAGAUGAAGCAGCUCCCACCGUUGCCACCGCCUUCGUCGCAUGGACAGCAGGGGGUGCAGUUACAGGGGCCGAGUAAUGGAGGUGGAGGUGUCGUUGGCGCUGCGAACAGUACGCCGCGGUGA